UGACGUGCAAAGGUUCGUUUCAAUCCUGUGCAGAAAUUUAUAAAAGUCAAAGUUCACAGGAAAACAGAGCCUAUUCACUUCAGGUGGAUCACGGAAAGGUCAUGGUUUACUGUCACAUGACAGAUGACCUUGAGGGCUGCGGGUGCGGUGGAUGGACAAUGGUAAUGAAAAUGGACGGCAACAAGUCAACCUUCCACUUUGAUUCGCAACUCUGGAGUAACAUGAGUGACUUCAAUCCUCAAGGAGGGGAGACUGGGUUUGACUUUCAAGAGACCAAGCUUCCGACCUAUUGGAACACAUCCUUUUCUGAGAUCUGUCUAGGGAUGAAGAUUGGUAAUCUGUCCAGGUUCAUUCUCAUCAAAAAGCAAGCCAGCUCUUUGUACUCACUGAUCGCUGACGGACAAUAUCGUGACACGUCACUGGGUCGUAACACGUGGAAGUUGCUGAUUGGCUUCAAUGCAUCCUUGCAAUUAAAUUGUAACAAAGAAGGGUUCAAUCCCACUUCGAUGAAGAAAAAUAAUUCCAAAGCUAGAAUCGGUAUCAUCUCCAACGAACAUAAAAAUUGCGGCACUUGUGAUUCCAGAAUUGGCUUUGGCACAGGUGGGUAUGGAGACGACUCCAACACGUGUGGGAACGAAGCAAAGCACCGUUCAGAUAAUGGAGACAAACACAUCAAGGCCAUGGGGUACAUCUUGGUUCAGUGACAAAGAAAUCGAUCUAAUCUUCAC